AAGACGAGUCCCACUACCGCCGAUGGAACUCCUCCUAUCCAACCUUCCUUCUCUCGCCGUCGCUCCUCGCUGCUCUCCUUCUCGAGCCUAGACGACACGCGACACUCGGCUGGUGACUUCAUCCGUCCAUCAUUGGGCCUCGACCACCAAGAUUCGACUGCUCCCGAUGACCUGUCGCACUGGCACAGCUCUCCCUUGGCCUUUGCUUUCCUCCCCGCUCUUGCUGGUCUAUUCUUCACCAAUGGAAGUGCUUUUGUCACUGACAUCCUCCUCCUCGGCUUAGCUGCUUUGUUCCUCAACUGGAGUGUCAGAUUACCCUGGGACUGGUAUCGCUCCGCCCAGGCUCAGUUUGCUCUGGACGACUUGACCAAUUCUCCUGCUGUGUCACAAGACCUGGAUGAAGACGACGAACAACACCAACCCACCGAGCAACCGCAAACGACUCAAGAACAGGAAGAUGCAGCUGCCAAUCUCCGCCAACACGAGCUGCUUGCUUUGAUCUCCACCUUCCUGUUUCCUGCCUGCGCUGCUUACCUGCUCCAUGUCAUCCGUGGUCAGCUCUCCCGUCCCUCUGAAGGCUUGGUCUCGGAUUACAACCUGACUAUAUUCCUUCUCGCCGCCGAGAUACGCCCCAUCCGCCAAUUGAUCCGUUUGUUCACACAUAGGACCAUACACCUGCAGCGUAUUGUUCGUGGUAACGGCGACUCUUCGGUGUUGAGCAAGAAGGACAAGGCCAUCACGGAGCUUGCAUCUCGCCUGGUCGUCCUAGAGGACAAGUUCGGCGAUCAACUGUCGUCUCCGGGCGUCUCGAUUCUCCAGAAGGACGAAGUCACCGCCCUCUCCAGCGAUAUCAGGAAGCGUUUUGAACCUCGUCUUGAUGCCUUGGAGCGUGCUGUGAGAAGAUACGAGAAGCGAGCCACUACUUUGACUCUACUCACUGAGCAAAGAUUGCAAUUCUUGGAAAACCGUUUGCAAGACGCGCUAAGCUUGGCUGCUGUCGCUGCUCAGUCUUCGAAUAAGCCUGGCAUUGUUGCUACAAUUCUGUCCACUCUGGCAAAGACACUAGCAGUGCCUCUAGAGUUGGUCUGGUUCGUUUUUGUAUGGCCCCUGAAGGUCACAGAGUCCGUGCUU